AUGAGGGCGGUAGCCGCGCCAGAACGUGCGCUGGCCAUUCAGCAGCUCGCGGCCUCAUUCAGAGUUGGAGCCUCUCGCCCCCUCAAGGUGUUUCAGAGGAUGCUAGGCCUCAUGGCCUCGGUGUCUCCGGUACUACAGUUGGGCCUGCUCCGCAUGCGGCCCCUUCAGUACUGGCUGAAACCACGAGUUCCAUCCCGCACCUGGCAUCUUGGACGCCUUCGUGUCAAGGUGGACCAGGCCUGUGUGUUUCAGAGGAUGCUAGGCCUCAUGGCCUCGGUGUCUCCAGUACUACAGUUGGGCCUGUUCCGCAUGCGGCCCCUUCAGUAUUGGCUGAAACCACAAGUUCCAUCCUGCGCCUGGCGUCUGGGACGCCUUCGCGUCAAGGCAGAAAAUCAUGCUGGGUCGGAACACCACGAGGUAUUUCCCUGCAGAAGAGAUGAAAACAAUAAACCUGUUUGCUUCUUGUUCAACAACCGACAGAAAGAGGAAAGAGAUGAAGAGUAUCAGCAUCGCAACAGAUUAGACUGGGAAAUGGGAGAGAGAAGCAUUAAUCGGUUCUUGGCGCUCUUGGAAGAAAAGAACAGAAAAAGUGUUCAGAUGACAUUAGAUGUUCUGAAAGAGCGAAGACAACUUGAAGCCUGUGUCUCUAAUCUGAUGGAGCGAAUCACUGAGAAGGAGUUAAAAACCCAAGAACUGACGCAGAUUCAGGAAGCCCUAGGACAGAACAGAGAAAAGAUUGAGAAGUGUGAGAACUUUAAGUUUACAGUCCAACAGGUUUUCAAAGAAAAAGUCCCCAUAAAACCUGUAAUAGUGUGGUCGUGGUCUUUUUUGAAGAAAUGGAACGACUUGGCAACCUGCUGCUCUGUCUGUAAGGAAACCUGUCAUGAUGAGUAUGGUUGCUGGUUGAUCCCUUUCGAUAAUGUUAAAAGGUGUCAAGUCAUGAAAGAAGACCACUGCACUGUGUGUACUAAUAAGUGUCAUUACAGCAAACACAACAAAGAGGACAAAAAAUAUGUGACAACGACAAAGACAGUCACUAUGACAUUUGAUGAGCUCCAACAGAAGUAUCCAAAAAGUGGGGAAAAGCCUAGAAUCACCAAUUACACAACUUAUAAAUAUGAAGAUACUAAACAGGAACAUGAAAGUAUCAUGAAAGAGUUUCAAAGAAAAACAGAAAUCGAAACGAAACUCGACAGUGAUCUGGAGAAGAUUAAAAAUGAAAAGUCCAAACUGCUGCAUGAAGCUUAUACGAUCAUCAUGAAUCUGUGUAAGAUCGCAUUAAAAGCAGACAGCGCUUUCACUCUUCGGCAUCUGGAUUUCCUGAUUCCCCGACUGAAGGAGGAGGGAAAAGAUGAAUGGAUAAAGGACCUGGAGGAUCUGAAGAAAACUGGAGAACAGCAGAAAAAUAAGGGGGCCGUACAUCAUUUAAUGGCUUUUUUUGGUAAUUUAACUGGUAAAAAGUAA